AUGAAGGAAAAACGUCCUGAAUGUAUCCUGCAUAUCAUAGCAAAAUUACUCAUUAUAGAAAAGUAUAAAAGUAUUGUAUAAACAUAAAAAAAAAAUGUAAUACUAUACGUAGAUCGUGAGAAAACGGACGAUGAUCGAGCGACAACCCCGGAAUCAUUACGCAGCAGUAGCCCAGUAUCUUCACCACCACCACAAUGGCAAUCGACGAACGCACCAAGCAACACAUCAAACAGUACGCCAACGAAUGCACCAACCAACACACCAAUCAGUACAGCACCACGGCGAUUCAUUUCGAGUAUUCUCGGCGGAGAUAUCCCGUACGGAAGCAGAGGACACCUGGUGCUGCCAAGACCGAGCACACCUCCAAAGACACCAAGGGUCGAACCACCGACCAGGGUUUCGGUCAUUCAAAGGGUUCCUUCACAAAGCCAAUCGACGUCCAGAAGGGAAGAUAAAAUCGAGAUACCACAAACUCAAGAACCGGAACAGCGAUACUCGGAGGUGCGUAACAUUGGACGUUAUCCACCUUUGCAGGAGCAGCCAAUUGAUUACGCCGUGCCUAAGAGAAAGGAGGAGGACGAAGAACGAGGCCGCGAAGGUGCAAAAGUGUCGCGCGCGAUCGGCAAUUCGAUCGCUAGGCCUCUUUUGAACAUGAGACUGUCCGGGCCCCAAAUAGUCCACGCUGCUGCCGGUCAUGGAAGAACGUCAAAUUCCGGUAGCAGCGGUAGUUCAGGCUCCAGCGGCGGCUCAAGCAAUUCUGGGAAUUCAUCUUCGUCAAAUUCGGGCGGAAGUGGCAGCUAUUGCGGCGGUGGUGCUGUCACAGGUGGAAGCGGAGGUGGCGGUGCUGUUGGUGGCGGCGCAGGAGGCGGUAUGAAUCCUGGGGGGAACGGCGGUCGUGGAAACUAUGGGCCAAGUUCGCCACCUACUGGUUCCUUGCCACCUUUCUACGAGUCACUGAAGGGCGGGAACAACUUAGCAAAUUUCGCAAAUCAGUAUAACAGCACUCAAGGAAAUGGUUACCUGAUACCAUCGCCGGCAGUAGGGAUGGAGUGCGACGCUGGCCAGCAAGAUGUGAACUCGCAGCAUUCGCAGUACAAUGCCCAAGAGGGCAAACAGUACUCCCUGCUGCAGAAUGUUUGCGCGUCGUAUGGCCUGACAUUGAAGGAGGAGGAAGAUCUGUCGCCUUACAAGAUCCAGGCGAACGAUUUGCUGUCUGGACAAUACGGGGCUUACGACGUAACUGAUACCGGAAUGAUGGUGGACAUGGUAACCGGUGCUGUUGUGGAUCCUCUUCAAUUCACCGCCACUUUAACCUUCAGUUCACCGUCGGAUCACACCGCUCUCCUCGAGAGUUUGAGCGACGCUGCUGAUUUGUUUCUACCAAGGCUACCGACUGAGGACGGCAGCAACGAUCUUCUCGAGGAAUCGCUGCAUUCGCCAGCCUCGGCUGCAAGCGGGAUCGCUCAGGAUGGAGGUCAAAUGACAACACCUGUCGAACCGAGUGUCGAUCCUUUCCCGGAACAUAACAUGGCUUUGACGAGGGGUUUCGACACGUCGAGACACUACACGGCAGCUCCUCAACAUUUCAGCACGUCGAAAUUAGGAUUGAGUUAUACCACCGGCGAGUCGAGUUAUCAGUCUGUUUCCAAGGAACGUCCGGAAUUGGCGCUUCAUAUUAAUCAAAAUCAUCAACACCAGUCAGAGCCGCAGUUACAACAGCUGCAAAUACAAGUGCAGUUGCAGCAACAGCAACAGCAGCAGCAACAGCAGCAUCAGCAGCAACAAUCCGCAUCAACCUCUCAACAACAACACCAAGGACUACUCAGUCCAGGAUUAAGUUUCACUGGUAGUGGUCUGGAACUAGAUUCAGGUAGCAGUGUAGGUGGAAGUUUACCAAGCCCGGGAGCAGCGAGCUGUUCCUUGGACGCAGCAUCGACCAGCACAUCACCGUCCUGUGCUCUGAUGGAGCAUGCACCAAGUCCGGUAGCUACGGUUUCUUCCGCGUCGGUGAAUACCGUGCAACCGACUGGACCAGUUGGAGAACCACCACUGUCGCAACGGGUCGGUGUACUGCAGCAAAGGCUGGGACUGCCUGGUGAUUGCCAGUUGGAGUUCGUAAACGGCGGCCACGGAAUUAAAAAUCCUUUGGCGAUCGAGGGUCAGAGACAGGCUGCGGCCAAUCGCGAGGAGGAGAGGGCGGCUCGACCUCCACCUGGCAAGGAUGACGAUCCGAACCGUUUCACGUGUCACGUGUGUAGCAAGAAUUUUAGCUUGCAACGACUGUUGAAUCGCCACAUGAAAUGUCACAGCGACGUGAAACGUUAUUUAUGCACGUUUUGCGGCAAAGGUUUUAACGAUACGUUCGACCUGAAGAGGCACACCAGGACGCACACCGGCGUUCGACCCUAUAAAUGUAAUCUUUGUGAAAAGAGUUUCACUCAGAGGUGCUCUUUGGAAAGUCACUGCCUUAAGGUCCAUGGUGUUCAACAUCAAUAUGCGUAUAAGGAACGUCGUACAAAGGUAUAUGUAUGCGAAGAAUGCGGUCAUACAACUCAGGAGCCAGAGGUGCAUUACCUUCACUUGAAAGAUAAGCACCCAUACAGCCCAGCUUUGCUGAAGUUCUAUGAUAAGCGACAUUUCAAGUUCACCAACAGCAAUUUUGCCAACAUGUUGCUCCAGGGUGGCUUAUUGCAACGGGACUCACGGAAUACGGACAGCUGCGUAAAGUCAGCUUCGAAAAGCCUCGAAGCACCUCUUCAACGUGCCACAACGUUGCUGCAUCUGGGUCGAACUUCCAGUUUCUGAUGAGCAAUCGCAAAGGCAUCAUGUAAGAGGAUAAAUAGAAGAAAGGAAGAAGGUGAGAAGAAAACGAAGAACGGGAAAGGUUGACUUCGAUCUUUUAGCUACUUGACUGGAACGCCAUCGAACGCAUCCCGUAGUACGAAUCGUCGCGCGAAUAGUACCUGCAGAUGGCUCCCUUUAAUCAAUGAUACACGACGGUAUCGAGGGCCGACAACGAUCGGAUCUACUGUGAGAUUAUUAUUUCUGUGUAAUGAUAACUUAAAUUACAAAAGACGAGAAAAUUACGAACACCCGAAGACUCGGAUCGAACGUUUCAGGAAUGACGAUCAUUUCUUCUUUUCUUGGCGAGAGAUGGGAUUAAUGUGAUAUUUUUUUUCGAAUGACCCUUUCUUUUUUUUUUUUUUUUCCUUCCAGCGAUGUAUGGCAAGUUACGUUGCUUUCCGACUCAGAGGGUAAGAAAUUACGCAGAAAUAUUUCUCAGAUUUUUCGUCACACCGAGAUAACAAUACAUAUUUCGGUAUUUCGGAGAGAAACGAAUACAAAAAGGAAUUGUUAAUUUCUUUCUUUCUUUUAAUUAAUAGAUGCCUAUCGGUACGCACUUUGGGAAAUCUGUGAUA